AUGACGCCUCUAGCUGCCGAAUCCCACAGCAUGUUUUCCGAUGCCGAAAGAGAAAAGAACCUUCUGCGUCGAUAUGCCGCGGCAUCCCCCAGCUAUCAUACCCGGAGCAUCCGGUAUCUGCCGGUAUCGGAGGGCAUGAUAUUUAAUGACGCAUAUACAGUCAAUAUCCCACCACAACACGAUCUAUGGUCUGAUAGCCUGAGAAUGAGCGAUAUGCCGACGCCUCUCGUCGACGAAUCCCUCACCAUGCUCCCCGAUGACGAAAGACAAACAUUCCCCCUGGAGUACCAAAGAGAUCCUUUCGGAAAACGUCAACAUACUCCAGAGAUAGAUGACGAAAAUCAGGUCGAACAUUCUUUUCGGUGCUCACCCCUGCCAUCUCCCGCUACGUGUGCUCACCCUCGAAGUGCCAUAACAAUAAUCAUCGGUGAUAUUGCAUAA